AUGACGUCGAUGACGUUUGGCCAGAAGAAGUUCAUCCCGACGGCGCCGGAAAAGGGCAGCUUCCCGCUCGAUCACGAGGGCCAGUGCAAGAAGCUGAUGCUGUACUACAUGCGCUGUCUGCGCACCAACAACGAUGACAAUUCGGCCUGCCGGCAAGAGUGCCGCGCCUAUCUCCAGUGCCGCAUGGACCACAAUCUGAUGGCCAAGGAAGAAUUUUCGAAGCUCGGGUUCAGUGAAGAGGGCGAAGGGAAGAAAAACUAGAAGACUGUUUUGUGAAGUUGUGAGAAGAAAGAGACU